GAGACCAUCAUGCAGACAUCAGAGACCGGGUCGGACACAGGUUCGACAGUGACCUUACAGACAUCUGUGGCCAGUCAGGCAGCAGUGCCUACCCAGGUGGUGCAGCAGGUACCCGUCCAACAACAGGUACAGCAGGUGCAGACUGUGCAGCAGGUCCAGCAUGUCUACCCAGCUCAGGUGCAGUAUGUGGAAGGAAGCGAUACUGUCUAUACCAACGGAGCGAUCCGAACAACAACUUAUCCUUACACAGAAACGCAGAUGUACAGCCAAAACACUGGAGGGAAUUACUUUGAUACCCAAGGGAGUUCUGCGCAGGUGACUACCGUGGUUUCGUCCCACAGCAUGGUGGGCACUGGUGGGAUUCAGAUGGGCGUCACGGGAGGACAACUCAUCAGCAGCUCUGGAGGAACCUAUCUCAUCGGCAAUUCCAUGGAGAACUCCGGUCACUCAGUGACACAUACCACUCGGGCCUCCCCAGCGACAAUUGAAAUGGCGAUUGAGACGCUGCAAAAGUCUGACGGUCUGUCCACUCACAGAAGCUCUCUCCUCAACAGCCAUCUCCAGUGGCUGUUGGACAAUUAUGAGACAGCAGAAGGAGUGAGCCUUCCCAGAAGCACGUUGUACAACCACUACCUACGACAUUGUCAGGAACACAAACUGGACCCAGUCAAUGCUGCUUCUUUUGGAAAACUAAUAAGGUCAAUUUUUAUGGGAUUACGAACCAGGAGAUUGGGAACUAGAGGAAACUCCAAGUACCAUUACUAUGGGAUUCGCGUCAAGCCAGAUUCCCCUCUGAAUCGUCUGCAGGAAGACAUGCAGUAUAUGGCUAUGAGGCAGCAGCCCAUGCAACAGAAACAAAGGUACAAGCCUAUGCAGAAGGUGGAUGGGGUUGCAGAUGGUUUCACAGGAAGUGGUCAACAGACCGGCACAUCUGUUGAACAAACUGUAAUAGCCCAAAGUCAACAUCAUCAACAGUUUUUAGAUGCAUCUCGAGCACUUCCAGAGUUUGGAGAAGUUGAAAUCUCUUCUCUGCCAGAUGGUACUACCUUUGAGGAUAUCAAGUCACUGCAGAGUCUUUAUCGAGAGCACUGUGAGGCAAUAUUGGAUGUUGUUGUGAAUCUUCAGUUUAGCCUGAUAGAAAAACUGUGGCAAACAUUCUGGCGCUAUUCUCCCUCGACUCCAACCGACGGCACUACCAUCACUGAAUCAAGCAAUCUGAGUGAAAUAGAAAGUCGACUUCCGAAAGCAAAGCUGAUAACUCUGUGCAAACAUGAGUCUAUCCUGAAAUGGAUGUGUAACUGUGACCAUGGGAUGUACCAGGCUUUGGUGGAGAUUCUCAUCCCCGACGUGCUUAGACCUAUUCCUAGUGCCUUGACCCAAGCCAUUCGAAAUUUCGCAAAAAGCCUUGAAGGUUGGCUUUCCAAUGCCAUGAACAAUAUCCCACAGAGAAUGAUACAAACCAAGGUUGCCGCUGUAAGUGCCUUUGCCCAGACUCUGCGAAGAUACACAUCGCUCAAUCACCUGGCCCAGGCAGCUCGUGCAGUGCUCCAGAACACUUCCCAGAUCAACCAGAUGCUCAAUGACCUCAACCGUGUCGACUUUGCCAAUGUCCAGGAGCAGGCUUCUUGGGUGUGCCAGUGUGAUGACAACAUGGUCCAGAGACUAGAGACAGACUUCAAGAUGACCCUCCAGCAGCAGAGCACCCUGGAGCAGUGGGCCGCGUGGCUGGACAACGUGAUGAUGCAGGCGCUAAAACCGUACGAGGGAAGGCCCAGUUUUCCUAAAGCUGCCCGGCAAUUCCUGCUAAAAUGGUCUUUCUACAGCUCAAUGGUUAUUCGGGACUUAACCUUACGCAGCGCUGCUAGCUUCGGCUCCUUCCAUCUGAUCCGUCUGCUCUACGAUGAGUACAUGUUCUACUUAGUAGAACAUCGUGUUGCUCAGGCAACAGGAGAGACACCCAUCGCGGUCAUGGGCGAGACAUACCUUGUAGAUGAAAAAAAUACUCCUAUCAUGGAACUCUUUAUAAGCAAACUUCUGAAUUUUGGUGAUUUAAAUGCUGUGUCUCCUGGAAAUCUGGAUAAAGACGAAGGCAGCGAAGUGGAAAGCGAAAUGGAUGAAGAACUGGACGACUCUUCGGAACCCCAAGCCAAAAGAGAGAAGACCGAGCUGAACCAGGCGUUUCCGGUGGGCUGCAUGCAGCCCGUGCUGGAGAGCGGGGUGCAGCCCAGCCUCCUGAACCCCAUCCACAGCGAGCACAUCGUCACGAGUACGCAGACUAUCAGACAGUGCAGCGCCACCGGAAACACCUACACCGCGGUUUUCAGGUGUCAAGAAGGAUUUUUACCACACUUAAUGCCAAUGUUUUUGUUUUCUUAUAAUUAA